CAACAAUUUGUCCCUACUCAAGUGUCAUGUUUCAAUGACCAGAAGAGGAUCCUCAUGAUAUGGCGAACCUCUUCAAACCGCCGCGGCAAUUUGCAGCUUUUGGUUUAGGCACCAGGAAGAGUCCGGAGCAUUCUUUUCCAUCGAUCCUUCCCCAGCUUUUUCGUUUGCCGAGGUUACGGCUCUCGCAGGCCAAGGCAUAAAUCACUGCCUCGGCGGAGUUUCUACCGCAGCCGUGCAGAACAGGAGCAGUCUUUCUCUGGGGGCCAGCUCAACUGUUCUUUCACUACACCUGAUGAGACUGUUAUAGUACGUGGACAAUUAUGGCAGGGCCAGUACGCCAGCCUAUUGAUCUGGCCUCCUUGGAGCGCUAUAUCGACACCAAUGUACCGGAAAUCAAGACGCCGCUUGAGUUGAAGCAGUUUGGCUUCGGUCAAUCGAAUCCGACAUAUCAAAUCACCGACUCUACCGGUACGAAAUAUGUAAUGAGAAAGAAACCUCCCGGACGCCUCCUCAGUAAGACCGCCCAUCGAGUCGAUCGAGAAUAUCGUAUUAUUAGUGCGCUGGGCCAGACCGACGUCCCUGUGCCCAAGGCGUACUGCUUGUGUGAAGAUGACAGUGUGGUUGGCACGCCAUUCUACAUAAUGGAGUUUUUGGACGGGCGAAUGAUCACCGAAAACCACUUUCCCGGAUGUUCUCCAGAAGAAAGAUAUGAGAUGUGGCGCGACGCAGUACGAACACUUGCCAAAUUCCAUCGAUUAGAUUUCAACAAAAUCGGGCUUUCGGAUUUCGGGCGGCAUGGAGGAUUCUAUGAUCGACAACUGAAGACGUUUGGGACGUUAUCAAAAGCACAAUCCGAGGCCGAGGACGUGGACACCAUGAAACCCGUCGGUGACAUCCCUCAUUUCCACGACAUGGUUGGGUUUUUUAAACAAAAAUCCCGACAGCCCAGGGACCGGUCGACCCUGGUACACGGAGACUACAAGAUUGACAACCUGGUGUUCCACAAGACCGAACCCCGAGUGAUUGGGAUUCUGGAUUGGGAAAUGGCCACCAUCGGACACCCGUUGUCGGAUUUCGUCAACCUCACGGCUCCCUGGUCGUGGGUCGGCAGGGUCAACGGGUCCGGUCUGUCCGACCGGGCCAACGAGGCCUUCAAGCCCGGUGCGACCCCAGGACUCCCGAGCUUGGAAGAGUGCGUCAAGUGGUACGCAGAAAUGUCCGGUUACGACCCUGCGCUGGAGCUGGCGUGGGGUACGGCCUUUGGAGGCUUCAGGGGCGCCGUCAUCAUGCAAGGUAUCGCCGCGAGGUAUGCACGGAGACAGGCCAGCGGUACGACGGCCAAAAACUACGCCGCUCAAAUGGCUCCCUAUGGUGAAUGGGCUUAUGGGUUGGUGGAGAGAUUGAUGAAGACCUCAGACGGCAAGGCGAAGCUAUAGUUUGGAGGAAGUCGUCAAUGCCAAUACACCAUAACCAAGAGAUCAAAUCCAUUACUUGCUCAGACGGGGAGAUUGUUGUUGGACGAAAGUAUCAGCGUAGGCUUUUGACUGUACAUACCUUGUGGUUUUAUGUUGAGAACGAAGAGAGAUAAAAGGUACUAAAUAUAUACACCGUACAAAUCUCA